UGUCAAAUUAAAGUUUAAUCAAUAUUUCCUCUUCAACGUUUAUCUCUUCAGGUCUAUGAAAAUAGUCUGCUGCUUAGGGAGAAAAUAUUGACACAGAAUUGGAGUUUUUAUGCCACUGGUGGCGAAGACCCUGGAGGUACAUAGCGUUUGAAGUGUCAAGCUGUUAGGUAACUGGAUAGCUUGCUUUCCAUCCAUUCAGUAACUGGACCCUAUGAAGCCUGACCUAGGGGUUGACCGUCAUAACUGUUUGAGACAUGUCUGAUGCAGAGCAGGAAGAAGAUGAUACUUUAGAAAACCCUGACCCAGAAGCAGACAGUGUUGCUGAAGCCAGUGUUAAUCUGAACGCUGAGGCUGAAAGUAGCACAAACUUAGGUGAAGAUAGUUCCCAUGAAAAUGCACAAGUGGAAAGGAAUUUACAGACUGAAAGGAAUUCAGACAAUGUGAAUCAUGGUGCAAGUGCAUCAGGUGGUCUUGUAAGAGAAGGGUGUGAUAAUCAUAAUGUUGGGACACUAGAUGAGGUAGAAAAUGAUGAAAAUUUGACAGAAUCAGCAUCAGAGAACCCUGAAGGAUUUUCUCUACCUGAAGACCAGGCAGAGGCUGAAGGACAAGAUAAUAAUUCAAAUUUCUGUAACAAUUCUUUGACGGAAGGGGAUCAGAAUCGACAUAGAGGUCAAGACUUUGUUGCUGGGAAUUUAGGUGAUAACCAGAAUAUAGAGGAUGAAUGUGCAGAACCAGGACAUGGCUUUCAGAAUAUAAAUGAAUAUGCUGCUGAAGAUGAACAAUAUUUUCCAGUGUCAUGUGUUGGAGCAGAUGCAAGUGUUUCUUUACAACCAGAGAGAAAUGUUGGGUUUGGUGGUCAGAACAACGGAGAGGCCGAAGGUGCUGUAGGGGCCAGUCUUGAAGAGGAACAGAAUGUGACUUCUCAUCGUACUGAAUCUUGUUGUCAGUUAGAUGAAUAUGAUUCACAGCAACUUGGUGCUGGAUCAUAUAAUGAGAUAGAAGGUGAUAGUGAGACAAGAAAUCCAAUGGAGGCCUGUGAAGCUGAUGGUGCAUCAGCAUCUGGACAAGAUGUUUCUCUUGAACCUGAAAGUGAACUGGAAGAAAGUAGAUCACACAUAAUUCUUGAAAGAGAUACUGAACCAACAGAAUCUGAUGGAGAAGAUGAGCCUGAAGAACAUCCAGACAAUGCUGAAGGUGGGGAUCUAAAUGAAAAUCAGAAUGCAAUGAAUGUUGUUAAUGAAAGUGGUGCAGAAGGUUUUGAUGAAGCAAAUAUUGAAAAUGAAGAGGUUGGUGUGGAAGUGUCUGAACAUGUUACAUGUGAUGAAAAAAAUGUUCCAGAGGAUGAAAUAAGUGUUGUUGCUGCAGAAAAGCCAGAGUCAUAUCAACCAGAAUGUGAUCAGAGUGAAAGCAAACACUUGCAGGCACAGGCUAGUCGUGGUAUUGUAGGAGCAAAUGAUGGAACUCUCCCUAAUCUAGGUGAAAUUAAUCAGAUUCAGAAUCCAGUUGCAGAUGCAAGCAGAGAUAUAGAAUGUUCAGCUGUUAUAAACAAUGAAACUGAAAGCCAAACUGAUUCUAGACAUUCAAAUAGCAAUGCUUUGGAAGUAGAAGAUUUGGAUGAGAGUCCAAACAACUGUGAUAAAAACAAACCUGAAGAUGAAAGAGCUCAGCAAGCUGCUGAAGCUCAGAAUGAAUCUUUUAAAGCUAUUGAAAUAGAUAACUUUCAAGCAUUUACCAGAGAAUCUGGUGCCAUCCCAAAAAAUAGAACACAAAGGACAAAUGUUCCUAGUCACAGUAGAAAUUUAGAAUCUAAACCAAGUCAUGAACAGUGUGAAGUAGUAAAUUCAGAGGAUGAACUGUUAUCAGAGUUAGAUGCAACUUUAAAGAGUAAUUCUGUAGAAACUAAUGUGGAUAGUAGUUCAGAAAAUUGUGCAAUGUCUCGAGAUGAACAAAUUGUAAAGGGAGAUAAUCCUGUGUCAUGUGAUCAGUGUUUAAGAAACAAUUUACGGUGUUCUUUCAAAGCUAGUCAUCAUGAAAAGGGAGGUAAUUCAAACAUUCCAGGCUUGAAGGAAUUGAAGAAGCAACUUUAUCAGGCCAAGCAGAUGUUGUUAGAUCGAGAAUGCGAGAUAAGUAGGUUAAAAGAAGAUGUGUCAGACCACAGAACGCGAUGUGAAACUCUGACGUCAGAAAGGGACUCAAAUGCAAAAGAACUAGAUCGUCUUAAAAUGCAUAAUUCCGAUGACUUGUAUAUACCACAGAUUAAAGAGUUAGAGUACACUAUAGCACAACAGACCAAUGAGAUUCGAGGAUUGAAAGACAAACUGUCAUCCCAUGACGGUGCAGCUAAACGAGCCAUAGCUACUCUACAACAUGAAAUGAAGAUCAGGGUAGAUCAGGUUACAAAACAGUGUGAGGAAGCAACUAGAGAAAAAGAUACGAUGGUUGUGAAAUUUGCUCAGGCAGAACAUAAAAAUCUGGAGUUCCAGAAACAAGCUGAGAGGGCAGAAAACAAACUCAAGGAAAUGGAGAAGGAACGAGAUGUAUUUUUAGUGCGGAUGAGAGCAGUAAAAGAACAGAGGUCCAAGUUAGCUGCUGAGGUUGAAGCAAAGAAUGCAGAGAUGUCACAUAUACAAAAAGAACUGGAUAAACAUAAAGAGAUGGUGUCUUCAGCUGAUGUAAGGGUCAAGUGGGCUCAGAAUAAACUGAAAGUAGAACUUGAAACACACAAGGAGACAAAAGUUCAGUUAGAGAAGAUGACGGUGAAGCUGAAGGAAGCAAAGGAGGAGACACAGCAGAUCAGACAGGACUGUCAGGCCAUCAUCAAAACAUACCAGGAAUCAGAGGAGGUAAAAUCUAACAGUUUGGACAAGGAACUAAAGUUGAAGGAAUCGGAACUUCUUGCGAGAGAAGUACAAAAGAACAAUUUUGAGCUUGCACAUGUUAAAACCCAGCGUGAACUUGAACAGGUCAGAGUUGAAUUACGUGAAUCUCAGUCAAAGUUCUCUGCCCUUUCUGAUAAACUCUCUAAUGUGGAGGCAGAAAAAGAACAGAUAAAUCUCACUGCUACCAAAUAUGAAGAUAUUAUUCAACGGCAGAAAAAAGAAGUUCAAGAACUGCGGGAGAAAGUAGAGUCUCUUGUUCAGUUUAAAACUGACUUUACAAGUGCUCAAGAACUUAUCAAGAACCUUGAUACAGAAAUCACAGAGUUAAAGAUGACCAACAAAGAACUGGUAUCUGAGAUGGAAGCUUGUCGGCGACGUGAAACUGAUAAGCUGGAACUUAAUGCUAAACUCAGCAGAAAAAAUGCCGAACUUCAGUCAGAGAAUACGACAUUAAGUAACAAAGUACUCAAUCUGACAGGAGAACUUCAAGCAGCAAAAAUGGAAAAUCAAGAUACUGAAACAAAACUCAAAGAUCUGGCCGACUCCCUAGAGAAAGAACAAAAGCUUCGACAAGAGGAAUCACAAAGUAUGAACACAAAAUUAGCUGGAAAAUGUAAAGCAGUUGAAGAUCUGACGAGGAAGUUAGAAGAUGAGAAGGAUGAGAUUAAAACAUUGAAAAGAAAACAUGCCAACAAUAUCAAGGAUUUGACGAGACAGUUACAGCAGGUGCGUAGGAAGCUAGAGAACUAUGAAGCCAAUACAAAUGGUGAUAAAGACACUAUAAGUAUGGGUUCUCGCACCAGUUCUAAUGGUUCCCUGAACACUAUCAGCAUUGCCGAGCAAACAACAACUCAAGUGGUACAACCUCAUGCUGCCGGGCAACAGAACUCCAUUAACAGAAAUCCUAGUCCAGAACAGGAGUAUCCAGUGAUUACAGAACAGGUUGAGGUAGAUAAACAGACAUUGAUAGAGAGAAUUGUGAAGUUACAGCGAGCUCUUGCAAGGAAAAAUGAGAAAAUAGAAUUCAUGGAAGAUCAUAUUAGUCAACUUGUAGAUGAAAUACAGAAGAAAAACAGAAUUAUACAAAGUUAUAUCCUGAAAGAGGAGACGGGCACAAUGACCAGUGAUUACAGAGAUCGAGAAAAGCCAUCAUUAGGAAAGCUUGCACAGGCUGAGAUAUCUAGAAAGCACAGUAUUAUGGGAUCUGUGUACAGUUCCCAUUCCAACGAUGGGACCAUGACCCUUGACCUUUCAUUAGAGAUCAACAGAAAACUGCAGGCAGUUCUUGAAGAUACGCUUCUCAAAAAUAUGACACUUAAGGAAAGUUUGGAUACACUUGGACAAGAAAUUGCUAGACUUUCUCAGGAAAACCGAAGACUUCAGCUAUUGAUGCAAGGGAAAUCGAGAUCCAAAGUUAAUCCUUCUUCCAGAUAGCGUCACAAAAGUGAAGGAAUAUGAAAAUUAACAUCUUAAGUGAAUCCUUCAUCCAGGAAAAGUGAAGGAAUAAUCAAGGUCUAAUGUAAAUUUUCCUUCCAUAUGACAUCUUAAGACUGCAGAAAAGUCUACAGUUAAUCCCGCAGUCAGAUAGCAGUGGAAAAGCUGAUGAAAAUGUUAAGGUCUUAAGUUAAUCCACAAUCCAGAUAGCAUCAAAAUGUACUGAUAAUAUACCUUCCAGAUAGCAUCCAAAGAGUAAAUGUUCAGUGUUAGUUCAUUUACACAAUAGCCUGUGAGAGGUGUUUGUGAACUCCAGAGAAGUGAUAUAGACAGUUGUAAAGUUACAUCUGAUCAUCCGUUACUUCAGCACAAGACCAGAUAAGUGCUUGUUUAUGUCAGUGCAGUUAUCCAUUUAUUCCACUGAGGUGACACACUCAUAUUUGCCUGUAAGUUGAGAUGGUGAAGGUUCUGAAAUUAAGACUGAUAUACAUGCUGAACACUGUAAAAGCCUCCAUUGAUGCGUUUAUAAGACAGGGCUAUAAAAAGUAAAUGAUUUUUGCUGUGUUAAAAAUAGACUUAUGACUGAACAUAUGUCAUACUAUGCUACAUUGCUUUGAAAGUGACAUUGAGGAAUUUAUAUAUCAGAUGGCAUUUGUUUUCUAGUUAACAUCAUUAGUUUACAGGACUGGUUUACAUAAAAGCAUUGAACAAAUCAUUUUGCCCAUUGAUGUACAAGUAAAGAAGACACAUGUUGUUUUCAAGAUAUUUGUACUGUAUUAUGAAUUCAUACAAAUCACAUCAAUGUUCAUUUCAAGGUAUAAUGGAACGUGUUUGAAGUUGUAAAUUUCAGUUUAUUAUGAAUGUUUUCUGUUCUGCCAUUGACUUCCUACAUAGUAAAAGAAAAAUAUUAUUACAUUCUGUUUAGAAAUUAAAGAUCAUUAAAAUGAUAAAAAUAAGUUUUCACAUUUACUAAUUGGCUGUUCAAAUAUACUUGCUGAUGUGUAAUUUUCAGUUUGUUUUGCUUGUCAAUGCCUUUAUUUAAUGAUUGCCAUUCUGUUGCAUUUGCCCAUAAAACAGCCAAGAAGUUUGUGUCAUUUACAGUGUUUUCUGUGUCAUAUUUUAAUUGUUCAGUUUUGUCUUGUUUUGAUAGGGGACCAGAACAGAAAUUGUUAUAGGCCAAACAAUGCUUUUGGAGUACCAGUGUUUAACAUUCAUAUUAGAGUGAUUGAGACAUGUACAUAUACAGUUAUGUGUAGACUUGAUAAACACUGAACUGUUAAAAUUGCAAUUUUAAUGUUUAUAAAGUACUUUCAAAAUAUCUUUUGAGAGUUUAAGCUUGUGAAAACAUAACUGUAAAGAUACUCAUUGUUAGGCAUUGCUAGGGAGUUUCUGCGUAGAUGUCUAUAAUUUUCAAUACACAUAUGCGCAUUAAUAUCUCAACCUCCAUACCUUCACACAAAAUACUUACAGAACUUAUAUUGUGUUUGUAAAUGUGCAUAAAUGCUGCUGUUUCUAUAUGUUGCUUUCUUGCUAGAUGCUGACUUACUCCUUACCAGAAAGUUGUUUUAUUGUUUUGUAUACUUCAGAGCAAAAAGGUGAACAUUUUUAACUUAUAAAGAAGGUAAAUUCUUUAAUUUACACAGAUGCAUUUCCUGCUGUUAAAAUGUGCUCUCAGUUUUGGCCAGUGUUUACUUUAAAAAUGAUAUAAAUGUACAAUUUCCCCUUGAAUAGAUGUUUUUGUUACAGAAUAUUGUUUGUUUGUUAUUGAAUAGUGUGAUUUUAUCAGUAAAGCUCUUAUUUUGAAGUUGUGUAUAUAGUUAAGUUAUGUAUAUACGACAUGGCAAGGGUACCAUCUAAUUUUGUCUUCUUAGUUUUACCAGAAUUAAGCUCUACCCCGCUAAAUUUCUAAAAUGGACAGGUGUAACAUUCAGUUUUGGCAGUACCAUUUAUUAUUUGAAGUGGUGUUCACUGAAAAUUUACUGAUUGAAUAGCAAACAGUGCUAACCAUGAUCAGUCUGCACAAAUGUACAGGCUGAUAAUGGUCUGCACUGGUUGCAAACACAGAAUCACUUGCUGCCUGCAGGCUAAAGGUUAAGAAGUUCAUACUUAAGAAUUUGACAAUCCAGUUUAUGUGAAGUUAAAAAGUCCCAUUUUUAGUAAAAUAGAAAAAACUGUAUGUAUUGUGUGUUAGGGAAGUUAUACUGUAACAUUUUAAAAGCAUACAAAAUUAUUUGAUUUUGUUACUUUUUUAAUAACUUUAUUUUGAUUCAAGUUCGAAAUUCUGUUGUUUAUGGCAUAGAUUAAUGCUUUUAUUGUACUGGUAGUUACAGAAUAUAACAUGAAUAUGAAAGGGUCCAAACAUGAGUUGACAUUAAAACAAAUUGGCUGUUCUUAUAUGUUUAUUAUCAUUGGAACAAAAUUUAUAUUGCCUCAUUAUUUUUGUGUUUUAAUUCAGUUGAUAUGCUGAAAACCAGAAGUGUUAUUUACUUAAAAUAAAUGUCUGUACCUUUGAUAGUGUUAGCUUACACAAAAGGUAGAUGUAUGUUAAAAGUUUAUUAAGGUAUCUGUGUACUGUAUGUUAUUUGUAUGCUUUAAAGAUCCUAGUCAUAAGAUAGACUUACUUGCCUAAACAAAACAGUUCCUUUCAAUUUUUGGAUACCUCUUUUUCUGCCUAAUAAACAGUGCUUUUGAUUAUUUAUUUAUUUGUAAAAUAUUUAAUACUGUUGUGUAUGUAUGAUGUAAGUACAUGCAUUAAAUAUUUUUGAUUUUUACUGCCAUGAUUAUGUUGAUUUUAUGUGAGAGAUUGUGAUAUUAGAAUUUUAGAAUAAGUGUCUCGUUUUUAGUUGGACUAUUCGAAGAAUAGGUAGAGCUAUUGGACUCGCCCAUGCGUCAGCACCGGCAUCUGCGUUCCGAUUUGGUUAAGUUUUUUAAGUAAACUAGUAUCUCAGUAACCACUUGUGGGAACUGAUUACAACUUUACAUACUUUUUCACUGUAAUAAACUAAACUAUUUUACAAAAUCAUGCCCCUGUUUCGACUUUUGUAUUCAUUCAAUUGACAAGGCUUUGAAUAGUCGAGCAUCGCUGUGCUCCAUGGCCGAGCAGUUUUAGGCUACUGACGUACCUCUAAAGUCUCUUGGUUUAAAUGUUGCUCAGAUAGGAAGCUAUCUGUCUGGAAGGUUGUAGGUACUACCUAGGUUCCUGUCAGAGCAUGAAGCGACAUCCAGAAGGAAAGUUUCCAAAUGACAAAAAUUGUGUUUGUGUGCCACAAUACCCACUAAAACAAACAUUUUCAGUUUGGUUAUAUUUUGGAUUGUCUGAAUCAUUUUAGGGUAUUUAAAUGGAACAUGUAUAUGUACAAGACAUUGGUCUGAAAGGAAAUGAAUAGCUUUAGUUAUCACUGCAGAACUUAAUAUAUUUAUAGUCGAUUAACAUUACGUAUUUUAUCACUUGCCCCUCACCGAUAUGGGUUUAAGACUCACUCGGCACAUUGAAUUCUUCAUGGGAGGAAGGCACCCAGCCGGCUUACAGGAGGUCGAUGGUUCUACCCAGGUGCUCACCAGUGAUGAAAUAAUGCACAGAUUGACACCUUUGGUCUUCCUCAACCAUCAAAGCUGGAGAGUCGCCAUAUGGCCUAUAAUUGUGUCAGGGCGCCGUUAAACCCAACAAAAACAUAACAUAUUUUGGUGUGGUUUAAAAAAGGAAUUAAUUUCCUGACAUUUUAAAGAUCUCACAUGAUUUUACCACAAUCCAUAGACUGUUCUCUAUGAAUAGGCACUCCUCUCCUGCAUGUAUAUUGGAGCAUUAUAUAUCCAUUUUGUUUUACUUAAUAGAUGGAAACAUUUGAACACAUGUCACAUCUAAUUUUGGACCUUUUCUGUUAUUUUUAAACUGUUUGUUUAGUGUUCCAACUGGUGUAUUUUCUUGAUGUGUAUUUUGAUUAGCACUUAAUUGUGUAUGUGUUUUUGGAAUAUGUAAGAUUAAUGUUGAAAAAUAUCCCAUUUCCUUUCAUUUUUAUUUACUGAAUUCAGAAGCAACAUAGAAAUUUGUACAUCAGAAUUCAUCUAUUUUAACCCUUACCCUGCUAAAAUUCUAUAAUGAACUUGUCCAUCUUACAAUCUGGACAGUGCCAUUAACUGUUAAAAGGGGUGCUUUCCAAAAUGAUACCGACUGAAAGGCGAACAGUGCAGAUCAUAAUCAGACUGCAUGGAUGUGCAGGCUGAUCAGGAUCUACACUGGUUGCAAAGGCAGAAUCAGUCAUGUCCAGCAUAAUAAGGGUUAAGAAAACUGUCAUCUUUUAUGACAUGCAAAUUAUAGAGUUAUAUCUGUGCGCUUCCAAAGAUUUAAGCUGUUUUGUGGUAAAACACACAAAUAAUCUUAUCCAAUAGUGGCAAGCUUAUAAAAAAGUAUAAAUAAAUAAUCAUUUAUAUACAAUUAUUUUCUUCAUAAUAAUGAUUGUUUCAUAAAAACAAAAUGGAAUCUAAAUGUGUAAUUUUCAAAUGAUCAGUGGUUUGUAAAAUGUUCUUGGAGGAAAAGGAAAGCAGCCUACAUGUUUUAUUUUAUAGUGAUCAACUGUUUUUAAAAUGUGCUAAGAGGAAAUUAAAAUCUACUUAAUACAUUUGAGAAUUAUGCAAUUGUUCACCAUAUAAUUUACAGUAAAAAGAAAUAUAAUCAUUAUGAUAAGAAGAUGUAUAUUGUAGAUUUACUUAGAUAUAAAAAUAAUAUAAUUAUACAGUUUAAAACAAAAGGUUGUUUCUUUGUUAUAUGCAUUUGAUGUACUUUGUAAGUGUAUGUAAUACUAUGUUCAUUUUAAAGCAUAUUGUUGUUAAUUAUGCACUAUUUAUUAUUAUAACUGGGUGUGAUAUCUAGAUGACAAUGUUUGAAUAUUCAAAUAAAUGUCUCUAAAAA